UGACAGACAUGGUUCCUCCUGAUCACGUGAUCGGCUCAGCUCCGCGGCCAUGAACAUCUGCAAAAUGGAGGACCGUGAAGCUAAAGAACCCGAGCAACUCAGAAAGCUGUUUAUUGGAGGUCUGAGCUUUGAAACCACCGAGGAGAGUUUACGGGCUCAUUUUGAACAAUGGGGAAGUCUGACGGACUGUGUGGUCAUGAGGGACCCCAACACCAAGCGAUCAAGAGGGUUUGGCUUUGUGACAUACGCUGCUGUGGAGGAAGUCGACGAAGCCAUGACAGCAAGGCCUCAUAAAGUUGAUGGCCGUGUUGUUGAACCCAAGAGGGCCGUGUCCAGAGAGGACUCAAAUAAACCAGGCGCCCAUCUGACCGUGAAGAAGAUCUUUGUUGGUGGGAUUAAGGAGGACACUGAGGAGUACCACAUAAGGGAGCAUUUUGAGAAAUAUGGAAAGAUUGAAUGCAUUGAAAUCAUGGAGGAACGCUCCACUGGGAAGAAGAGAGGAUUCUGCUUUGUCUCCUUUGAUGACCAUGACACUGUGGACAAAAUUGUUGCCCAGAAAUUCCACACAAUCAACUUCCACAAUUGUGAGGUCAGAAAAGCUCUCUCAAAACAGGAAAUGAGUACCAUGUCCACUAACAGGGGCAGGAGUGGAGGAUCUGGAAACUUCAUGGGGAGAGGUAGUAAUUUUGGAGGUGGUGGCAACUUCGGUCGAGGAGGCUACGGUGGAGGACGAGGUGGUUAUGGCGAGGAUUUUGACAAUGGUCCAGGAGGAAAUUAUGGUGGAGGAGGAGCAGGUUAUGGAGGGGGCCGAGGGAGCUAUGGAGGUGGGGGUCCAGGAUAUGGCAACCAGGGUGGUGGAUUUGGUGGCAACUGCGAUGGCGGUUACGGAGGCAAUGACGGAGGAUAUGGAGGAGGAGGAAAUUACAACGACUUUGGGAACUAUGGUGGACAGCAGUCCAGCUAUGGACCCAUGAAGGGAAACAACUUUGGUGGCAGAAACUCGGGUGGACCUUAUGGCGGUGGCUAUGGCUCUGGUGGAGGCGGCAGUGGUGGUGGUGGUGGUGGUGGUAGUGGUGGUGGUGGCGGCGGCAGCGGAGGGAGCUAUGGCUCACGGCGAUAUUAAUUAUUUCAUGUUUUGGCUUCAGUUCUUAGCAGGAGAGGCGAGGAGGUGAGCAAAGGAAAUGUCAGGAAAGCCGCAGGUUACUUUGAGGCAGUCAUCUGAAAGCAUUAGAGGAACACUCAAGUCAGACAUUACUGCAGCUAAAUCGGAGAAGUUUAUGGAAGAAGGACUGUAUACACAAGACAUGAGUGCAGAUGAUACUCUUCCCUAAUUGUGCUAGAUGUUUCCCUACCAAGCUAUUUUUUUUCUUGUGUGCGUCUGAAGUGUGUAUAUUGUGCCUAUGGUAUCAGGGGUAAAGAGUAAAUUGUAAUUUUUUUUUUUUUUUCAAAUCUGAAGUCAGUUCUUAAUAACUUUACUUUUUUAUAUGGCUUAGUUUUUUGCUGGUGAAUUAAUCUUUUGUCUUUUAACUUUUUGUUUUUGCCAUAUAGCAUAGUUAUAUCAGGCCCUCAGAGGAGCUAGAAUUACUCAAUUUUUUUAUUUCUGAAAUUAUUAUGAUUGCUCAAUUGCAAGUGUCAAGUGUAUUUUCAUUUUGUAUGUGAAGCACAGUAUGUAAAUCCUUCGUAGUACCAACAAAUAUAUAAGCAGUCUGGAUUAGAAUUAAGGGAAUCCCUCACAAUUCUUGUUCCCAGCAAACCAAAUUCUAGAUUGUGCGAAUAUUUUGAUUAGAAGAAAAAGACCGAAUAAAAUUGUGUAGUAAAGUAACAAGAGGUUCAGUGCAUCAUUGGUUCAGAAAAAGAUCAAAUGAGUUAUUGAUUUAUCUGUUGCCUGCACAUUGUGACUGUGAAGUUAUUAAGCAAAUCAGCCUGUCUAGAAUUGUUCUUCUCUUUUUGGGAGUAUUUAAGACUUCUGUGGGUGAAAUAGUAAAUAUACUGUAUUUAUUUGUACAAGGGUCAAUGAAGAGGGAGUUUUGGGUAGUCCUAGGCCAAGGGCCCAUACACCACCUAUGCCAGUGUUGAGCAAGUAGGAUUAUAACAGCCACAAGCACCUGCAGUUGGGCCCUUCAGCAUCGCUAGUGUGGAAGAUUGCAGAUGACUGUCAGACAGGACGUCUUCAGCCCCAGCACAGUGGACCAGUCAGCAUUUUGAGAGAGAAGUGAGAAGGCAGCAUCGAGCACAACGCCCGUGGAGGAAGCUUGCAGUGUCGUUCCCGGUAGUGAGCAUCUAUCUCUUUCAAGGCUAGCUAAACCCUCCAGCAGCUGGUGCUAGCGAAGAAAGACUAGUUCCUGGACACAUUGGAGAUCCUGUUGAGUCAGAGAUACUGCAGUUUUACCCACAAAUGCUAGAUUUCAGACAUUAACGAGAAAAGGGAGUGAGUAUUUCACAAAAAGCUGACUUAAGAAGAUGGAGCAGGUAAGAGUAACCACUUUGCUUGAUUUGCAGAUGUGGAAAGAGGCAUUCUCUUCUUGCUGAAAAUCUGUAAAGACCUGAUAACAUGGAAGGUUCUGGAUGGGUAAGACUUUUUCAAAAUAUUAUCCAAGGCUGCUCAUUUUGUAAUCUUAUCAGUGCACACGGUUAUCAUAUAAUGUGCAAGGGUUAUUCUAAGGUAAACGGAGCAGGAAGACAUCCAGUAUUGCUCCACUUUGACGAGAAUAAGCCUGUGACCUUAACCACACUGCUGGAAAAUACCUUGGAGGCUAAAUAUGUUUCCAUGUUAUAUUACCUUUGCUAUCAGUCAGAUAGUCCUGAUACAGUUGAUGGUGCCGAAACACCCAUGGGGAUGCAACAAAUGAUCAUGCUCAGAAAACAAACACACAUGCACUCAGUGGCCACUUUAUUAGGCACACCUGUGCAAUCUAUUACGAUUCAAUACAGCACAUCUACCAUGAAUUCUGCGUUUUUGUCAACAUUGUUGGAAAUGAGUGAAUUUAAUGAUAUAUUUAUUACAGAGGUCAUAGUUAAAGGUGGUGUUGUACUGGACUACAUUAUAUUGAGAGGUGUUGAUAACCUUUUGUCCUCCCUAUUAGCAUAGGACAGAACACUUCUCAAUAUAAUGUAUUCCAGUAAUACGACCAUUAACUUUAACCUCAGUGUUAAAACAAAUCUAAUAUCUGCUUUAUGACUGUAUGAAAACAUUAAAAGUAGAUAGGCAGAUCAGUUGUAUUGGAUUGCAUUAGAUUGUACAGGUGUACCUAACAAAGGGGCCAUUGAGUGUCUACUAAUGCCAAGCUUUCACUCACGUCAUGCAAUGUUAAAAUGUUCUCGUCAGUCUGUAAAUAAGCAGAACGAUGUAAAUAGAAACAGAUUUUUAACUCUAAAGGAACUUGAUUGUUACUGCAAAGGAAGGUCAUAUUUGAAAAAUUCAAAAAUAGUAUUUAAUUUACUUUUAAAAAAGGGCUGGUAAUCAGGUCUGAUGCCUAAUCCUCUGCCACAGUGGCACCUCCCAAAAAACUAAAACGAAAGCUUUUACUUGACCAGCCGUCAAAUGAACGUGGUCGAGCUGUUUGAACAGAGGAACUGUGGUCACAGGUUGAAACACAAUAUACAGAGUAUUCACGAACACUCGUACUUGGCCCUCUGCCUCAGAAGUGUAAGUAUAUAUGGCUUUUGGUUAAAAAGCUUAAAACGUUUCAUCCAAUGCUGACAUGUAGUCUUCCCGUGAGUUCAAAAUAAGUUGAGAUGUCGAGGGACAUUUUUUAAGGUUUCCCUGAAACUGGGAAGUCCACACUUUCUGCUAAUAUACUUUUAAUUUGCAAUUACUGAACUUGAAGAUGUGGCAGUUUUACCGUAAGUGACAUUUAAACAUUUAUUCCAAUAAAAAAUCUUAAUAAAAUAAUACAUUUAGGGUAAUGUAACUUCCUUGAGAUUGAUGCAUAUCAAAAAAGAAUUUAAAUAACGUCAAACAUGUUACUCUAUCGAUGGUUGACCCCAAUGAUUAUUGCGUUUGAAAGAAUUCAUGCACGCACUGUUAAAGUUCCACGUAGGUCUUGUCUACUCGGUCUGAAAAAUGGAGAAACAAUGCCUGCUGAAAUGUUUCUGAAACAGUUAAAGGUUAGUGUUUCUGCAGAGGAAUGUAGAAUGACCAACUUCAUUACACAGAAUAAAGCUGUGCUUGGCAAAAGCACACCAGUGUCAAUGAACUGUUGGCUAAACUGUAAAAAUAUGUCAAGUGUGACUUGUUCUCCUAAAUAAAAAUGUUUUCCCUGA